AUGGCGCACGAGGCCAGGGACCCCCUGGCGCCAGCUGGCCAGCGAGGCCAGGGCCAAGGCGACGAAGCGACCGGGAAAGACGGACAGAGAGGGCCCAAGCCGCCCAAGCCAGCGAAUGGCAAAGGCAAAAGCUCGGAAGGCAGCAAGGGCGGCAAAAAGGGCGGGGGCAGGAAUUCCGGCAAGGGCAGGAACAAGGGUGGCUACGGCGAAAAGGGCUCCGAAUGGGAUGCUGCCCAGCGUGACCCUGGGAGACUGCAGCUGACGUUGGAGGAUCUGCAAAGAGUAAGACCACAACGAUGCGUGGAGGCGUUCCCACAUUUGACUGUAUGCUCAGAUUGGCCAGAAGCUGGCAAACCAGUACCCAGAUCCGGCUCUGCCUUCUAUUUGCCACUAAUCUGGACAGCGCUGCUCCCGCCACCUGGAGCAUCCACAGCAGAAAUCGAGGCCUCGCCGGCCGUGGCACAGCUGCAGAGCCUGGGCGAUGAACGGCACUUCAAGGGAGUGCGAAGGGCUUCCUUGGCCGAUGUGCAGCAAGGCCAGGUGUUUUGGAGGCAAAUAUUUUCCGGCUGGGAUGGCUGGGUGCAGAGACUCCGCAUAGCCAUGGCCAGCUUCAGAGCUCCGGAUGGCCAGUCAGGCUUGGAUGCUUUAGUUUCACAACAUGUGAAGACUGUCUCCGUGACGGCCGGGGCCGUCGUCUAUGGUGACUUGAAUGUCCUGGGUGCUCUUCCCCACAUAAGCAAUGCACGGAAAUCGCCUGAUCAAGAUGCAAUCCUGGAACUGGACCUGAUGCUGCGGAUGGAGGUGGAAGCUUCGGUGCAAACUCUCUAUGCCGACAGCUGCGAGAUAGAGGAGCUUGGCAAUCUGCUGUGGACGAUGUCCAGGCAGCCGGCAUUUGCAGAGGAGGGUCCUUGCCAGCGACUGGCCGCCCGCUGUGCCGCUGAGGCAGAUGCUUUUACUUCCCAGCAGCUCGCUAAUGUCUUGCAGUGCCUCUGCCGCAUACCUGGCCAAGAAGUGGCAAGCGAGGCACUGGCAAAAGCAGCGUGCAGAUGCAUGCGAAGCUUCAGUGACUCCGAACUAGUCUCCUCGGCGUGGUGCUUGGCGCAGAUGGGGCGCUGCGACGGUCUGGUGGAAGCCCUGUCAGAAGAGGUCGGGCGUCGCCUAUACCGACUGUCCCCACAGGAGCUGGUUUCAUUGGCCGGCAGCUUUGCCACCAUGAGUGAGACAGUGCCGGAGUUGAUGAGGUCCAUGGUAUCAACUAUUCUUGGUGGCCUCGACCACUUGGCGGCACAAGAUGUUCGGUAUCCGGUGAUCAUCGAGUGUUCACGGUUACUCGAGGCCGCGUUACGGAAAAAGCUCACACCAGGCAACGGCCUCUUUUGCACUUUGGCAUCUUACAUGACACCGCCGCAUGGCCGCUGGAUGUUGGAAUGCCGGAUGGUCUCAGACGGCGCGUUGCGAGCUUCAAGCACCCGUGCAGCACGUGCGCUGUGCGAAGUGACCACCUGCAUCAUUUUGCUUGGCUUGGGGCCGGGACUGCAGAGGUCCCUGGACUACUUCCGGAGCCCCGUGCAAGGAAUCCUGCAAGAAGAGACGUGGUUGGGGUUUUCGGCGACAGUCGUAGCGGCUGUUCUUUGCUCCACCCUCCUUGCCUUGCAGUUGUAUGCUUUCCUGGAGAAUCAUACGGCCUCCAGGUUGGAGAUUGAUUCCGACCAAAGCGAGCUGUUGAGGAUAAGCUUCAACGUUUCGAUUGCGGAUUUAUCCUGCGAUUAUGCAACCGUUGGCGUCUUUGAUGCUUUCGGGAAUGUCCGCUCGAAUCUGACUCGGGACGUCCAAAAGCAGCCGAUAGACCACAGAGGAGCCGAGAAGGGCCACGCGUACACGGACGAAGAACUGACGGAACUUGAGUAUGCAGACCGCCCGAAGCUGUCAGCAGAAGAGCAAGCGCAGCUGGAUGCCGACUGGUUGUCUGCAGGCCAGGUUGAGCGUGGAGACUUCCACGAUGCCUUGGAGGCGCACGACGUCGUCUUCGUGCUGUUCUGCAUUCGCAGCGCGGCUCCUUGCAAGAUGAUGAUGCCCGCUUGGGUGCGGUGGUCAAAGGACGUAAAUGAAGGACAUCUUGUCAUGAAAGAUGCAGAUGGUGCACGGGCGGACGCGUGGGCUUUGCAAGUAAACUGCGGCGCCGAAGGUUUCCCGGAGCUUUGCGAGCAGGAAAGUGUGACCCGCUUUCCCCUGCUGCGGCUCUACCCUCGCAGUGUGACAGAGCGGGCCAAGGCACCACAUCGCGACUUGAAGUUCGCAUUCCCAGCACCCAUCCUCUUGGCGAUGGAUAUGUUCGAAGGGAUGAUGAUCAUGGACCCAAAGAUGGCCCAGCAGUGCUACGAUGCUUUUACCAGAAUGGCGGUUGAUGUGGUCAAAGGACGCCACUUGCACACGCACGUCACGAAGCACGAGGUGUUUGAAGAGGGUUGUCGUGUCAGCGGGCACAUAGAUGUGCCUCGUGUCCCGGGCACCAUCCACAUCCAUGCAAAGAGCGCAGGGGACCACGUUCUCAACACAGCCUUUACCAAUGUGUCUCACACCGUCCACCAUCUCUCGUUUGGUAGGCCGCUGGAUGCGGUGGAUGAACGGGAGGAGCUCAAGUCACAGCUUCCCGAAGGCUAUGGUGUGCAUGGAACUCAAGUCGAUGGCAGAAUCUUUGCCUCGAAGAACUUUCACCAAGGAGCGCAUCACUACAUCAAGAUCGUGCACACCCGCCUCGAGAGCAACGAGCGUGCACGUCUUUACCUGUACACGCAUCAAUGGUAUAUGCAGACUUACCCUCGGCAUGAGUCGCCGAAGGUGAAGCUCUCGUUUGACCUGGCACCGGUUGAGGUGGUGAUCUCACUUCGUCGCCACUGGUAUGACUUCGUGACAACCACACUCGCCCUCGUGGGCGGCGGCUUCUCCUGUGUGCAAAUGGCUUACUCCUUUUUCCAUGGCAUAGGCCGCAGAAUUGCACCGAUGGUUUGA